UAGAUAUAUGUUUAUAAAUUAUAAAAAGUGUAUAUAGAGCGUGAAAUCCGCGGUGGAUUGGACCCCUCCUGAGUCCUCAACACUAUAUAAGACACUUUCUUCUCUAAUCUCCAUCAUCUCUUAUUCUCAUUUUGCUUUUGAAUUUCAAAUUCUCACAUAAUAAUAAUUUCAAAUCCGUGUUUCGAUCUCAAAUCUUUUUUUUCCGGUAGCUAUGGCGGAGGAAAUCAAGAACGUUCCUGAGCAGGAGGUGCCAAAGGUAGCGACAGAGGAAUCAUCAUCGGCUGAGGUUACAGAUCGUGGAUUGUUCGAUUUCUUGGGAAAGAAGAAGGACGAAACAAAACCCGAGGAGACUACGAUCGAUUCAGAGUUUGAGCAGAAGGUUCAUAUUUCGGAGCCGGAGCCGGCGCCGGAGGUUAAACACGAAAGUCUCCUUGAGAAGCUUCACCGAAGCGACAGUUCUUCUAGCUCCUCUAGUGAGGAAGAAGGUGAAGAUGGUGAGAAGAGGAAGAAGAAGAAGGAGAAGAAGAAGUCAGUUGCUGAAGUAGAGGUGAAAACAGAGGAAGAGAAGAAAGGGUUUAUGGAGAAGUUGAAGGAGAAGGCUGCGGCACCGGUGGAGGAAGCGCAUCCGGCGGAGAAGAAAGGGAUUCUUGAGAAGAUUAAGGAGAAGCUUCCAGGAUACCACCCCAAGACCACCGUAAAGGAGGAGAAGAAGGACAAAGAAUAAGAAAAAUAUGAUUAAAAAUAUGAAUAAUGAUGGUUGAUUUGCUUUGUUAUUUUUUAUUGUGUUGGUUGAUCAUCUUUUGCUUUUGUGAUGUGUAAGUUUGUUGGCUUUUUUGUUGAUUACAGUUUUCUCUUGUAUAUGGUUUUUAAAAACAAAAGAUCUCAAGGUAUUUUAAUGAUAUGAAUAUUUUCAUUUGGUUAA